CAGCAAGUUUCGAGUAUCCAAGUAUCACUGUUGAGCUUUCUCAGGACCAAAGCCCAAUAAGAAGUUUCUUAAAACCCAUGGAAAUGAACAAAAUGAGAAAAGAUGCAAGGCAUCAAAUUAAUAAAAACUCUAAAGAAAAUAAAGUUGGGACGCCAACACUUUUCAGUGAGAAAAAAGAAUUAGUAAAAGAAGGCUUUAAAACUGAAAAUAGAGUUGGGUCACCUACACUUUCCAGUGAGAAAAGAUGCAAGGCGCCCAACUAUAAAAAUAUAACAACCGGACUUAAUCAACCUAAUAUAAAUGAGAAUACAGAACCAAAAGAAAAAGAUAAAAGAUGUACUAAAA